UACUACGGUAGAUUGUUCGAUAUGACAAGUUUCUUUUUCACCACGGUGGAUUGUUGGAUAUGACAAGUUUCAUAAUAACAAAAUGGGUAUUUAUCAUUGAUUGACAGCUGUCAGUAACGCCCAGUACCUGACGAAAAUGGACGACCAGUGGUCAAACGUGACCCACGCUUUAAACCACGACCACGUGAGCAACAUCAACCCGAGGCUGGCCAAUGGGGUCAUCGUUGUCCUGCUGCUUCUCCUCAACUUGGCGGGAAACAGCCUCGUCUUCUAUGUCUAUAAAUACCUAAUCAAGAGAAACCUCUUCUCCUUCUUCGUGACGACACUGGCUGCCCUUGACCUCCUGUCGGCAGUGACCACCAUGCAGAUGGACGCCAUCAUGAAGAUGCGUCCCCUGGACGAGACGAGCCUGUCGCUGGUUGCCCUGUGUAAGCUCACCCACUUCCAGGUGUACGCCAACCACCUGAUCAGCGGCUGUGUGCUCAUCCUUAUCGCCUACACGAGGUACACCAAGAUUUGCAAGCCACUUCACGAAGGGAUGACCAUGAGGAAGGCCAAAAUCACCGUUCUGUUUUUGUCCGUCGGCUGCAUCCUCCUCAGCACCUUCACGCUGGUGGUCAACGGGCCGCAGGAGGUUCAAAUCCAGAUGGGCGACCACGUGGUCAACGUGACCAUCUGCAGGUACGACAAGGACUACGAGGGCAAGCCCAUCCAGCAGGUCUUCGUCUACAUCCUCACCUCGGCCUUCGCCAUCGUGCUCGUCGCCACCGUCAUCUUCUACGUCAUGAUCUCCAGGGCGCUCAGCCGGUUCGAGCGCAGGAGUUCCCUCAAAUCCGCGGGACUCCACAGUCCAACGGUGGACGAAAACUCGGACCCGAGUUCCGCCACCCACAGCCGGCCUAGGGUUACUCUACGGGAGAGGAUAUCGGAAAUAUUCACCGGAAGUUCGGGGGAGAAAAUCUCUAUCCACAUGUACAAAAUGUUCACCAUUGUGACAUUCGUCUUCGUUGUGAGUUACCUCCCACACCUGGUUGUGCUCAUCUUGCUCAAGGUGCUCAACCUGGACCAUAUGACCUUGACCUACGGUCAACGGUUCGCCCUAGAGCUGGCCUACAACGGACCUUAUCUCAGCUGUGUUUUGAACCCGGUCAUCUACGGCUUCCGCAGUGCUGAGUUCCGGAAACAUUGCAGGCAUGUUCUGACAUGCCGGAACUCCAGGCGAUCUUAUUAACAAUGGUUUAGAAUCUCUAAACAAUCCAUCAAUGAUGUUUUAGAAAUUCCUAAAAGAUCUUAUCAAUGAUGUUGUAGAAACACCAUAGAGAUCUUAUCAAUGAUGCUUUAGUUUUAGAAGCGCAAAAAAGAUAAUAUCAAUGAUGUGCUUUAAGUGCCAAAAAGAUAUUAUCAAUGAUGCUUCAGAAGCGCCAAGAUCUAGAAACACCAUAAAGAUCCUAUCAAUGAAGUUCUACAAACUAAUAAACUGUGAUAACUAGAUCUGUCUCUGAACUGGCUAGAUAAUAAUAACGGUACAUUCAUAAAAAGGCCAGUCAGGCUAACUUCACAUGAUGCCACAUUUCAUAAUAAAUAUAGCUGUGUGUUGGAAAUACAAGGUUGUACGUCAAGAUAUAUAAGGUAAUGAAGGAUGUGACUGCAAACAUUCAAGCAUAACAUGCCAAAAAACGUUUCAAGUAAGCAACCAAUUGGCUUACAAG